GGAGACCUGGCAGUGUCGAAUUAAGCUACUAACGAUAUAUUGAAAAUAAGGUGUUUUAUUUUAUGGCCUGGUGUGAAUUACCUAACUCUGACUUUAAGCUUUCUUGCUACUUGUGUAGUUAACAAUUAACUUUCUGUUAUUUCCUCAAAAACAGGCCCCACUGAGUCGUCAUGGGUAAAAAGCGCCCCAAACUGACCAAAGCCCAAAAGGCGAAGCUGAAGCGUGCGGAGGAGCAGCGAAGGUUACGAGAGGAAGAGGAGGCCCGGAUUCAAGCGGAGCGUGAAGAACAGGAAAGGUUGGAAAGACAAAGAAGACAGGAAAUUUUAGAUAUGCUCGAGGCGAAGGACAGCAAACGUAGAGGCCGUGAGGUGGGAGAACUUCACUCCCUUCUGGAAAAGAAUUAUUUUGCUGUGAAAAAGUAUAAAAAUGAUGCUGCGCAAAUGUGCAAGUGGGAGAAAUACAUGCAAUGCGGUGACCUACCCGACCCGGGAGUGCAGCAGGAUAUCAACACGUUCAUGAGCUUGUGGAGAGAUGACCCAACAUGCAACAUAAAGACCGUGUUCAAGCAGUGUAACCGCGCUUUACAGCUAAUCGAAGAGCUGGAGGUGCUGCUCAGGGAGGUGACUGACGAGAAGUACAUUCCCAAAUAUCAGGAAACGCUCUUGCAUCUUCAGGACAUAGUCUAUACCAAGAUUCUCAACAUAAGCAUGGAAAUUCUCAAGGGGGCCAGCAACAACAUUGACACAGAGACAGGCAACAUGCAGGCUGUGGUUAAAGACGACAACACCAAGCUGUGUGUGUGGGCCAACCUCAUGAGGAAGUCAAGGUUUAAAUGUUUGACCUUCAAGGAGGUGGGCAUGGGUUUCGAGUUGACAAAGCAGGUCGCGAUGAGCAAUAUCGCCGUGCGGAUCCUUCACACUACCUACGACCACUUGUCCACAUUGUCCAGGAUAACCCACGUGAAAACAACCGUCGCCCCUCCCAGGUUGCUCACCGUAUUCGAUGAGGUUCCUCAGGAGGUACCGGAGCAAGACGAUGGGGAAAAGGAGAUGCAGGAGGAGAUGCAGGAGGAGCAGGAGGAGGAACCCGAAGAGGAGCAGGAACAAGCAGAAGAGGAAGUGUCUAUGACCCAAUAUUCUGAGGAGACCAAGGGUUCAGAAAGUCAACUGUCAAGAGAUAGUACCCAUACAGAGGAUGGAGAGAGCCAGGUUGUAACGCAGGUGGAGGUUGUCGAAGCCGAGCCGACUCCACCGCCCCCCGAAGAGGACGAGGUGUUUUCCAACGAAGGCGACGAGGUGGUGGACCUGAGGAUGUACACGCCUCUGGGCGGAGUCUUCUACUACGAAAUGUUCUACCUUCCACCGCAAUCUAUUCACAUCAAUGGCUGGGAAAUCCGAAGGGUGUCGGAAUCCAGGUUGAAAGUUUUCCAGUAUAUUCCUGAGAAAUCAGAAGAUGAGGAAUCCGCUUCCACACUUGUCGGUGUGUCUGUGAGGCUCCCCGACACGGUGGUCUUCCUAGAAACCCCUCGAGUGGGUCGCUGGGAUGCAGAAGCCAAGUAUUGGAGGAUGGACGGAAUCAGCGACUUUACUUGUCAAGAGAAUGCACAAGAGGAGGAGGAGGAGGAAGGGGAAGAGGAGGAGGAGGAAGUGGAGCAAGAGGAGACGGGUCCGGUGACAAAGGUGUCCUUCAAGAUGGACUCCUUCUACCCCUUCGUGUUUAUGCAGAAGACCUACGCCAACUUUCCCUUCCGGAGUUGGGAGCUGCGGCCGCUGGGAAAAGACUCCGCCCUCUUCACCAUCCACGGGGCGCUCAUUGACCUCACCAUCACCAUCCAGGGGGAUCAGUGCAUGCUGCAAACAGACCGAGAGUUGAACCUCGCCAAUCUUUUUGGCAAGUGGAUGAGCGCUCCCGACCUACAGCAGGCCAUGAUCAAGGCGGGCAUCAACGUCUUUGUCAACGAGCACACCGACAAAUUUGUCACUUCCUGCCGCAAGGACCCACGUAGGGAACACGUUGCCUAUGAACAGAUGUCCUUGUUUGCGUCAGUCUGCACCUUCUCAUGGAGCAAAUGGAAUGCCCAAUGUGGUCCACAAUAUAUUGUUGUAAAAGUCUCGGAGCACCAGGGCAUAGAUCCAGUACCAGAAGACUCGUGGAAUCUCUUCCAGGUUGGUGAUAAGAGAUUCCAGAAGUUGGAGAUAACGGAAACGAGCGAGGAAUUCUGCGCCGACCACCAUCCCGAAAGCGAGUUUCACUCUACCUUCAUCCACAUGCUUCAAGACAACAUGAGCCCGGAAGGGAUUAGUCGAACCCGAGAGACUCACUUCAUCUUCGUAGACACCAUUCAAAGUCUGUUCUGCGCCACCAGACCGCUAAUGUUUUGCUAAUAUCCUGCGGAAUAAAACAGAUUCUAUUAUAA